CAUGUCGAAAUGUCGGCUUUCGAAGUGACUCUCCAACAGCUCAAUGACUUGUUGACGGACGACAGCGGCUUUUACAGCUGGCCAACUAAACACGCCCACGAGGUUUAUCCACGCAUCUACGUCGGCAAUGCGUUUGUGGCGACAAAUGUGACACGCCUGAAGAGUAUGGGCAUCACCCACAUCCUCAAUGCAGCAGAGGGAAACUCCUUCAUGCAUGUUAACACAAACACAGAGUUCUACGCAGGCACGGGCAUCACCUACCAUGGCGUGGCAGCUAGCGACACGGAUCACUUCGACAUCAGCGUUUACUUUGAAGAGGCAGCAGACUUUAUAGAGAAAGCUCUGACUUACAAAAAUGGGAAAGGUAGAGUAUAUGUGCAUUGCAGAGAAGGCUACAGCCGUUCCCCAACCUUAGUCAUUGCCUACCUGAUGCUUCGCCAGAACAUGGACGUCCACAGCGCUUUGGCUACAGUGAGACAGAGGAGAGAGAUCGGGCCUAAUGACGGCUUCCUUUACCAGCUAUGCAUAUUAAACCAGAGGCUAGCCAUUGAGAGAAUGUUCUGAAACAAAUGGAGCAGAACAAAAAUCUGUUCUCUUUCAGUGCCUUUGAUGAUUAUAUAGGCCCAAUCAUGUGGCUCUUUUCAUCCCGUGAAUUUAAACGAAUUUAUCACUAGUAGAUGUCCAAUCAAUUUAUAAUUGGAGGCUGGCAGCUCACACCAGGCCUAAAUGAGGCUGUUUUUAAAAGACCAAAAAUAGUCACUUGCCCUAUAAAGAGUUAACGUGUUCAGUAACUGGAGUUAUUGGUUAAACAGUUAAAACUAUUUAACAGUAAUUUGAGGUUUUUUUUAGUAUAUUGAACAUGUGCAAUAGCACGAUUAAAAUGUUAUUUCUAACAUUGACGCAAUUUGCCGUUAAUAAUCAAUUUCUCCUGUAGAGGGCACAAAUGACCCACUUUCCAACCCAUUGGACCUACUUGAGUAUAAAUAGCAGAAUAGAAAGAACAACAUGUUCCCUUGGCAUUGUGUUCUUCAUUACGUAUGAGUCAUAUAUAUGUACAGUUUUACAACUUUAAUUGAUUAAAAAAUGGGAAAGGCUGCCUUAAUUGCGUCACUAUUACUGUUUGUAUCCAUACAAUUUGUAUACUUGUUACUUUUUAUACUUGAUACAUUUCACGAUUGAACUGGAGCCAAUGCCAGCUGACUUUUAGGAAAAAGCUGCAACAACCAUUCUCACAUAUGGACCAUUUAGAGCAGGGGUGUCAAACUGAUGGCCUGAUGUUCAGAGCCAGCCCUCCACAUUAUUUGGUGUGGCCCGUGAAAGUAAAUCGCAUGCAGCCAGUUUGUUCAGCUCUUCCAAUGGGAUUCUGAGGCAUUCCAAGGCCAUUCAGGAGAUACAGUAUAAUCUCCCCAUACCCAGUAGGCAUCCUCUUGCAGCAGAGUAGUGGUUCUGCUCCGAUUCCCUUUUGGCUGACCUGUGUGACCUCACACU